AUGGAGGGCGCGGCCAGGGCUCGGGCCACCUUCGGCGCCUGGGACUACGGCGUGUUCGCGACCAUGCUGCUGGUGUCCACGGGCAUCGGGCUGUGGGUCGGCCUGGCUCGCGGCGGCCAGCGCAGCGCCGAGGACUUCUUCACCGGCGGCCGGCAGCUGGCGGCCGUGCCCGUGGGGCUGUCGCUGGCCGCCAGCUUCAUGUCGGCCGUGCAAGUGCUCGGGGUCCCCGCCGAGGCGUCGCGCUACGGCCUCAAGUUCCUGUGGAUGUGCGCGGGCCAGCUGCUCAACUCGCUGCUCACCGCCUUGCUCUUCCUGCCCAUCUUCUACCGCCUGGGCCUCACCAGCACCUACCAGUACCUAGAGCUGCGCUUCAGCCGAGCGGUGCGGCUCUGCGGGACGCUGCAGUACCUGGCGGCCACGAUGCUGUACACUGGCAUCGUGAUCUACGCGCCGGCGCUCAUCCUCAACCAAGUGACCGGGUUAGACAUCUGGGCCUCACUCCUGUCCACGGGGAUCAUCUGCACCGUGUACACGACCGUGGGCGGUAUGAAGGCCGUGGUCUGGACAGACGUGUUCCAGGUCGUGGUGAUGCUCCUUGGCUUCUGGGUGAUCCUGGCCCGAGGCACCAUGCUCAUGGGGGGCCCCUGGAACGUGCUCAGGCUCGCUCAGAACCACUCCCGGAUCAACCUGAUGGACUUUGACCCCGACCCUCGGAGCCGCUAUACCUUCUGGACUUUUGUGGUGGGUGGCACACUGGUGUGGCUCUCCAUGUACGGUGUGAACCAAGCCCAGGUCCAGCGCUAUGUGGCCUGCCGCACAGAGAGAAAGGCCAAGCUGGCCCUGCUUGUCAACCAGCUGGGUCUCUUCCUGAUUGUGGCCAGCGCGGCUUGCUGUGGCGUUGUCAUGUUCGUGUACUACAAACAGUGUGACCCCCUCCUCACAGGCCGCAUCUCAGCCCCAGACCAGUACAUGCCGCUGCUCGUAUUGGACAUCUUUGAGGACCUGCCGGGAGUCCCCGGGCUCUUUCUGGCCUGUGCCUACAGUGGAACCCUCAGCACCGCAUCCACCAGUAUCAACGCCAUGGCAGCCGUCACCGUGGAAGACCUUGUCAAGCCAAGGAUGCCUGGCCUGGCACCUCGGAAGCUGGUUUACAUCUCUAAAGGGCUAUCAUUCAUCUACGGCUCAGCCUGCCUCUCCGUGGCUGCUCUGUCCUCGCUGCUGGGAGGCGGUGUCCUCCAGGGCUCCUUCACCGUGAUGGGCGUCAUCAGUGGGCCUCUGCUAGGAGCCUUCACGCUGGGGAUGCUGCUCCCAGCCUGUAACACGCCUGGCGUCCUCUCUGGGCUGGCAGCAGGCUUGGCUAUAUCCCUGUGGGUGGCCGUGGGGGCCACACUGUACCCGCCCGGAGAGCAGACCAUGGGGGUGCUGCCCACCUCGGCCGCAGGGUGCACCAACGCCUCCCUCCUCCUUGGCCCAUCCAGAGCCGCCAACGCCUCCAGCGGGGGCCCCAGCUCUGGGAUGGACGCAGGCCGCCCUACCCUCGCCGCCACCUUCUAUGCCAUAUCCUAUCUCUAUUACGGGGCUCUGGGCACGCUGACCACUGUGCUUUGUGGCGCUAUCAUCAGCUACCUAACCGGCCCCACCAAGCGCAGCUCCCUGGGCCCUGGACUGCUGUGGUGGGACCUUGCUCGGCAGACAGCAUCUGUGGCCCCGAAGGAGGACACCGUCACCCUGGAGGACAGUUUAAUGAAGGGUUCGGAAGACAUUCCUGCUGCGACCAAGAAGCCCCUUGGCUUCCGGCCAGGGGACGAGGCCCACCCACUGUUCCCAGCGCAAGCUCUUGAGACCAACCUCUGAGGGCAGGGCCCCAAAGGGCCAAUUGGAGGCCAAGGGCCAGCAGCCUCCUCUCUGAGUGACCAUUUCAGAGCCUGUUCAGAAGCUUGGCUGACACAGGCCCCACCCUGGAAAUCCCUGUGUCCCACCCACACACAAACCAAGAGGGUUGGUUCUCCAGCCACAAAGAAAAACUUCUGAAACCUUCGGAACCCUGUAGAGCUGUGGUUGGAGGCCGAGAAUGCCCAGCUUCUCCAGGCUGUGGGGUUUUUCCAUUUCAUGGGCAGAGAAACCGAAGGCUAUCACCCCAGCACCGGGGAGGUAGAGGGAGGAGGGUCAGGAGUUCAAGGUUCUCCCCAGCUACAUAGUGUAUUUGAGGCCAGCCUAGGCUACGGAAAACCCUGUUCCAAAACAAAUAUAGGUAAUCUGGGCUGGCAGGGGGGCUCCUCGGUAAAGGGCUUGCCCAGGACACAGUAGGCCCAGAGUUCCAUGUCCACAAACACAAAGUUUAUUUUUUAAACAGUGGAAGGGGACAUAGACACUGGGGAAAGAAAGGCAAAGGGGAAAAUGUGGUGUCUACAGGACACCGAGCCCCAAGGAUUGCUGGAGCCUCCGGGAAGUGCCAAGGGACAGAUUUUCAGAGCCCUCACAAGGUUCCUGGAGUUUGUACUGAAGGUUUGCAGAAUAUCAGAGAACAUGUUUCUUCUUGGGAUCAGCCACCUAACCUCUGCUAACUUGUUACAGCUUCCAGGAGGUCCCAUAAACACCACCUCCCGCCCUCUCCACCCUCUCCACCUGGGCUUCGCACCUGCUAAGCAAGCACUCUAUUGCUGAACUAGUCACCUAGACAUCCGUUUUUAUUUUUUGACACAGGGUCUUAAGGUAUUCUGGCUGCUGUCUAGCUGUCACUCCCUGCUUUUGUGUAUAUCAAUAUUUCAGUCUUUUUUGUUGCCAAGUAGUAUUCCAUUAUAAGGACAUACCACAAUGUGCCAUCCAUUCGCAGUGGGUGGAUCACUAGAUUGUUUCCAACUUUUGUGAACAACAAAUAAAAUUGCUG